GAAAUGUCAAAAAUGGAGCAUUUUGCAAGUGAAUGGCACUGUGUCUGUGUGUCUACCAACAAUAGAUUAAUGGCUAUAGGCUAUAGCCGCCUGAUGAAUUUUUCAUGAAAAAUCAACACAGAGACAGUGUCAUUCUCUGUCUACCUUGAUUCCAUGAUUGGAGAAAUUGUAAUCUUCGUUUUCCUGUUCAUCUCCCAAACUUGCAAGGGAGGGGAUUCAAAUCACUGUGCAGCUUCUUCAUGUGGGAAUAACCACAACAUCAGUUACCCUUUUCGAUUACAAACUGAUCCUAAGAAAUGCGGAGACCAUAGAUAUGAGCUUUCUUGUCAAAACAAUUUGACGGUGUUAAAUCUUAACGGUGGAAGAUACUAUGUUCAGUCCAUCGAUUACGAUAACUUCACUAUCGGACUGGUGGAUGCUGGCGUCCAUCCAGACAAUUGCUCCUCCAUUCCUCGUUUUCCAUUUAUAUACGAUCUGUCAGAAAGAUAUUCCACUACAUACUCAUGGUUAGAAUCCGAAGGAUACAAAUGGGCGUAUUUAUCGCAGCAGAUUAUGUUCAUAAAGUGUCAAAACCCAGUGAAGUCUCCUCCUUACGUGGAAACAGCUCCCUGUCUUAACUCUUCUUAUGUAAAUAUAGGAGACAUGACCGCAUACGAUUUGAUGGAGUUGUGCAGCGUGGAGAUGAUUAGUUUGUUUCCAUUAUUUCCGGUAAAGAAGAACAUGUCGUUUCUUGAAAUUCAUAGGCAACUUGCAUUUGGGUUUCAGCUUUCCUGGCACAACAUCUACUGUGGACAAUGUGAUGGUCUUUGCUAUCUGGACAGCAGAAAACGUUUUCGAUGCAGUAGCGGGUGGAAUGAGAACUUCUUGGAUUUUAUCCUAUGGAUGCUCCAAUGGUCUUUGACUUUUUUUGCAAUGUGUUUGGUUGCAAGAGCUUUCUGUGGGGCUCCAUGUGUGAUUGCAUUUCUUAUUUAUAAAUGGAGAAGAAGACAUCUAUCUGGAUAUGAAACAAUUGAAGAAUUCCUCCAGAGUCACAAUAACCUUUUGCCAAUAAGGUAUUCUUAUUCAGACAUUCGAAAGAUCACUAGAGGUUUCAAGGAAAAGUUGGGUGAAGGAGGCUUUGGUUUUGUAUAUAAAGGAAAACUUCGUAGUGGUAAAUUUGCAGCAAUAAAGAUGUUGGGUAAAUCUAAAGCUAAUGGACAAGAUUUUAUCAAUGAGGUUGCUACAAUUGGGAGGAUCCACCAUACCAACAUAGUAAAAUUAAUUGGUUUUUGCGUUGAGGGAUCAAAGCAUGCUCUUGUAUAUGAAUUUAUGUCUAAUGGGUCUCUUGAUAAUUAUAUUUUUUGUCAAGAAGGACCUAUUUCUUUGAGUUGGGAAAAGUUAUAUGAGAUAUCACUUGGAGUGGCACGAGGCAUUGAGUAUCUACAUCAAGGUUGCAAUAUGCAAAUCCUUCAUUUUGAUAUCAAGCCUCAUAACAUCCUUCUUGAUGAAAAUUUCACUCCAAAAAUUUCUGAUUUUGGGUUAGCUAAGCUUUAUCCAACUAAGGGAAGCAUUGCAUCUCUUACAGCUGUAAGGGGAACAAUUGGAUACAUGGCACCAGAGUUGUUCUACAAAAAUAUUGGGCGUGUUUCACAUAAAGCAGAUGUAUACAGUUUUGGAAUGUUAUUGUUGGAAAUCGCAGGAAAAAGGAAAAACCUAAAUGCAUUGGCAGAAAAUUUGAGUCAAGUUUACUAUCCAUUCUGGGUUUAUGACCAACUCUCAAGUGGAAAGUUAACAAUAGAAGACUCAUCAGAGGAGGAAAAUAUUUUAGCUAGGAAAAUGAUUAUAACGGGAUUAUGGUGUAUACAGAUGCAACCUUGUAAUCGUCCUCCAAUGAACAAAGUACUAGACAUGCUUGAAGGAGAUUUCAAAAGCCUAGAAUUGCCCCCAAGGCCUGUUCUAUAUCCUGUAGAAUCAAUGACUAUAGAUGAAGGAGAAUCAUCAUCAACGUCAAGUGAAGUAAAAUAGAUACAGAAUAUUGCUUGGUUGAAAGAGAUGGUAAAAUGUUCUGAAACUUCUUUUACCUUUAUAAAUUGCUCUAUAGAGUUAGUGAUGACUUGAUGAUAUGUUGUAAUAAUUCUAUGUGUUUAACUUGUUGAGUUUAAGCUACUCCUAGUUA